AUGAGUACAAGAUACAUUCGCGAUGAGCGUCGUCGACCUUCGACGAUCGCUGAGCGUUAUAAUAAUCGAGAUGCUGAGUCUGUACCAGUAUCUACUCUGGCACCUACUAAAUUCGAUACAGAUCAAGAAGAAUUCGCUGUUCCGUUAAAAAUCUUUGAUGGUACAAAAAAAACAAUUACGGACAUCAGUGAACAGUCCCGAUCCUAUCUUUGGCUACGACGUAUCAAAGAAAUAUUCUUACAAAUGGGUACAACCGAUGAACCAUUCGUAGAUUUUGAUAUGAAAGUAGCACGAACCGAUCUUCUCACCAUGUUUGAUGUCUAUUUACAAAACGAUCUCAGCAAACUCAACAAAACGAGUAAUACUUUAUCGAACAACUCGGCUACCAAUGACCGUGGCCUCAUUCAGAAAAUUGAAGAAUCAGUGAAACAACUACGUAAUGCAGAAGCGCAUCUCACGCAUGGUACCAUUAAUGCUGGUGUUCUCAAGAACUUACACACAUUAACUGAGGAACUUAUAAUAAAUAUGCGAGAACUAGAACGAAGUGUAAACAAUGUUGCUGUUCAUUUAAAAAAUUAUCCUGAUUCAACAUAUUCACUCGAUGAUGUUCGUCGUGUGUUUCGUGCAUUGCCUAAAGAAGAAAAGAGUCAACUGAAGAUACGACAAGAAUGGGACAUGAAGAAUCUCUAUUCUGAAGUGUUCAAGAUAGCUUAUACACGGAAUAGACUUCAAACAGCAGUUCAGCAAGCUGAACUCAAGCCGAUGAAAAAAGGAAAUGAGAAACCAAAUUUUGCCAAUGCAAUUUGGUGGUAUUCAUGUAAUGAAGCAUCGAUCUAUCAUCAGAUAAAUAAUGUUCUGAAACUUGAAAAUUUCGAACUACUCAUGGCUUAUCGUUAUUAUGUCAGUGAUUUGUGCAAAAUGAUAGAAUAUAUGUACAAGCAAGAGCAAUCACAAACGAAUAAAACGAACGUGUAUUAUCUUGCUGCUUCGAUCGGUUUCGAUGCAUUGAAGCAAAUGAAAAAGUCACUUGAUGAAAAAAAGAAAGGACAAGUGAUCUCUAUAGGUGGUUUCAUAUCGACUACCACUAACCUUGAUAUUGCCAAACAGUAUGCUCGAACUCAAUUUCUACCUGAAGGAAAUGUUCGUGUUUUGUUCAAGAUCUCAGUCGUACCAGACAAACCAUGUGCAGCUCAUGCCUAUAUCGGAAAUAUUUCUUUUCAUCCAGAAGAAGAAGAGGUGCUAUUUAGCAUAGGCACAAUAUUUGUGGUGGAUAAAAUUGAUGAUGCAGGCGCUUUUGUCAAGGACCAGCCAAUGAGAACGACCACAAAAGCAAACGCAUCGGCAGGAGAAGAAAAUAAUUUCAAUACAGUGCAUAUGACUGCUAGCGAUAUUGAUAAAACAUUAGUCGACGAUAUACGCGCUAAAGUGCAAGAAUGUUCUGCUCCGCAAUUAUCUGUUUUGCUUGCACGGUACUUAAUUGAGCUUGGCGAAUAUCGUUCAGCACGUAAGUACCUCACUUCAUUAUGUUCGGAGAGUAAGCUGACUCUCAAAGACGAUCCGGUAUUGGCCAGUGCCUACAAUUGCUUGGGUAUGACAUAUUCCCGUCAGAAUCUUCAUGCCAAUGCUAUUGAACAUUAUAAACAAGCAUUGAACUGCCAAAUUCGAUUGGAAUAUUCUGAUAAUAAUGCUUUAGCAGAAAUUUACAAUAAUAUUGGUCUCUCGUACAUCAAACUAAAACGAAUGGCUGAAGCUCAGGCAAUUUUUGAAGAGGCUGAGCGCAUUCAACUGCGAGAACCUUUAACUACUAGAGCUCAUCUCGCCUCCAUCUAUGCAAAUAUCGCCUAUGUUCAUUAUGCAAAAAGAAACGACUAUACUAGUGUAGAAAAGUCGCAUACAUAUUUUGAAAAGGCGAUUCGAUUAUAUCAAAAGACGACUAGCAAAAUCACACAUGAUGCAAUCGAAAAGGCAUUAACGAAGGCUGAAUGCUAUACAAACUAUGGACAUUUGUUAAGUAUUGACAAAGACUCCGAUGCUCAGAAGUUUUAUGACGAUGCACUCAAACUAUAUACUAACAUUCUUCCUGAUGAUGAUCCGAAAUUAAUGCGUGCACAUAUGAAUAUCAUCAUGGAAUUCGCUCAUAAUGACAACUAUGAAAAAGUUAUUGAACUUUACGAGACAAUAACAAUGAGCGAUCUCAUUGAUAAUCAAGCGAAAAAUUUAUUCGCUUUGGAAAAAAUAGUAACUCAAGAAGAACUCAUUAUUCUUGUUCAAAUUGUUGGAGUUUGUUAUAUAAACCAUGGAGACCAAUUUUUUAAAGCAAUUCGUGCGUAG